UGAUAGAGUGAAAAAACGCGAUGACGCAAGAUCAAAGGAACAAGGUUUUAAUGGAACAGCUAAAACAAUCUCUUUUUUCAAAAUUUCAAGCAUGGAACCCCAGUUCUAGUUCCAUCAUCAAAUCACCACACGUCUCCUCCUUCAUUGACAAUCGUCUUCCACACGUUUUCAAAUCCUUCCACACUCCCACUCACCCUCCUUAUUCUGCGAUGAUAAAGAGAGCAGUGAAGGAAUUGAAUGAGGAAGAUGGGUCGACUGAUGAAGCAAUAUCUGAGUUCAUUAGAAGGGAAUAUGAGAAAGAUUUACCAUUUGCCCAUUCAACUAUUCUUAAGGUUCAUCUGAUGAAGCUUUGCAUGAAUAGGGAUCUUGUGUGUACCAAGAACGGGAGAUAUGUGCUUGUCGAUUGUCAAAGUGAAGUGGCUGUAACAAUGCUUGAAAGUGAUAAUAAUGAUGGAGAAGACUUUGAUGACGAGGAAAGACGGCGAAGACUUUGAUUGAAAUAUCAAAGAAAUUACAAACAUAUAAUUAAACUUUUAUUAUUAAAACAUAAGUUUCAUGUUUUUA